GACUCUUCUUGGCUGGUGAUAAGAAAAGGAAACAGUGCCCACACAGGAUAAAUUACUUUACACUCUUGCUGACUUAUGUUCCUACUGAAACUUCCUUUCAAAGAAUAGCGUGUCCCCGCCCAGCUGAAGACAAUAAUAGUAUACUUAAAAAAAAAACACCCUGUGCCAUUCACCUCUGGAUAAUUAAAGUUCCUGCUUUUUUUUAUAUUUCCAAGGACUUGAUUGUUUCAAGCAUAAACAGCUUUUGUCCAUGCACGCACACGCAUAUGCAGCGUGUGCACACCGAGAAGGAGAGUGAGUUUGUUAUUUUGUCCUCUGCGGAGACACACUCUGUGCUUGGCAUCUCUGCCAUGGCCCUGGUGAGGUUCAAGGAGCUGGGGGAAGAUGACCUCAACUUAGAAGAGGAGAACCUAGACAGCGUCAAGGCCUUGACAACAAAGUUGAAGCUACAGACACGGCGCCCAUCUUACCUGGAGUGGAAGGCCCAUGUGCAAAGUCCCUCCUGGAGAAAUGGGCUGCGGGAUGGAGCUCUGAAGACCCACCUGGAGAAGCAGGGUGAAGAGGCAGUAGGAGAGGAGGAUCAGGCCCAGGGACCCUUGAAGUCUGUUUGUGGAUUCCCCACCAUUGGUAUGGCCUUUGAAUGGCUUCGGAUGGAACUGAGAAAGAUGCAGGCUCUGGACAACCAACUGGCACGGCAGCUGAUAGGGCUGCGGGCCCAGAUCCAUCAGCUGAAAGUGGAGCAGGCUUGCCAUCGUCACAAAGAGAUGCUGGAUGAUGCCACCUUUGAACUGGAGGGCUGCGAGGAGGACUCAGACCUGCUCUGCAACAUUCCCCCCAAGAUGGCCUUCCUCUUGUCUACUCCUCUCAAGCACAUUGGAGUCACCCGCAUGAAUAUAAACUCCCGCCGCUUCUCCUUGUGCUGAUGGACCUUCACCCUAUUGCCUGCUUGCUUGGCGCUUGUGGCUGCUGGCAACCAGGGGGUAUCUUGGCUCCCAUUGCAUGCACCUAUAGAUUUUGCACCUAUGUAGAGCAGUGGCUGAUCUGCUCUGGGCUCACAAACAUACCCGAACUGGCAAUCUCAGGGAAGUGAGAUGAUAGACAAAACACAUCCUAGUAGAAAGUAGAGAAAUCUAGGGAACUGCCUGGGGCAGCUUUUCUUCGGGUGAAGCACCCCUCAGGGAAGGAAGCUUUGCUACUUAGAAAAAGGAGAUGAAAAGCAGGGAGCAAUAUAGAGCAAGAAGGACAAUGGGUAUCCUUUUGGUGAUUCACAGGCUUAAGAGGGUCUGGUGGAGAACAAACUCCAAUCUGCAGGUUCAGAGAAGGGCCAACCCAAAGUUGCCAGCAAUGCAUGCAAAAAAGGAGCAGGGUUCACAAGCUGCAUUUUGACCCUUUUGACCUUCCCUCCCUUAAGGUCUUUUAUGCUGUGGCUCUCUGGACUGUCCUGUGGACCUGGCCAAGGACACAGGAGGGGCACAUUAUCAUUGGUAAUUUCACAAAGCUUAUUAGUUAGUACCUAUAGGAAUCUUUAAGGCAGUUUAAAUGUUUCUGUUGGUAAUGAGGUCAUAGAUUAUUACCUAAAGAAAAAACACUUAUCCAAUUUUGGGUAAUUUCUCCUUUGGGAAGCACUGCUGUAAAGGGUAUUUCCUCUGUUCAGUGACUUUUCUGCCGACAUGGUGCAUGUGCACAUCAACACACCACAUCCUUCUUGGCCCUGCCCUUGCCAAUUUUAACUGAGUGUGCAACCAGUGUGCUUGUGUUUACAUUAGCAAGCUUGGCACAAUUAAUAAAAUACAUGAAAAGAAACCCCAAAGAUCAUGAUUCUGUUGCUCUUUGUGAUCUCUGCUCAAUUCCACUUUUCUUCCCUCGGCAAUGUUCUUUAUUAGCAAUCUUUAUUAUGGUUUAUUAACCAGCAGGAAGCAAAUGUAACCAUGUGGUAAUUGUAACUCUGGAUCAAUGCUUUUCAACUUUAGAUACAUUAAAACAUGUGGAUUUUAAUGUCCAUAAUUCCCCAGCCAGUAUGGAUUAAACUUAUUGGUUUAAAAUAAAUAAAUAAAAAAAUUUCCAACUAAAAGGAAUAUUUGGAACAGAAAAGGCUAAGAUUAACGAGUCACAAUAACACAAGAGUUGUCUUAAAAAUGACACCAAAAAAUUCAGAGUGAAAUCAAUGAUUUUUAAAAAAAACAUUUUUUUAUUUUUAAACAAACAAGUACAGACAAACAUAAAACAUAAAAACAUCUUCCAAUUCCAUACAGUGUGUCGAUUGAUUACAAAACUUUUUUGUACAUUCUCACCAUAGUCCUCACACUUUAUAUAGAAUCUCGUAUUGUCAAUCUGAUAUAUAUGUAUAAAAUUAUUAUUAUACAUUUAUUGACUAU